AUGUACAUUGGUCCGGUGUGUAGGCGAUAUUGGCUUUGGUAUUUUCUAUUAGGUUCUCUAUUCUUAUUCGAUUCAUUUGUUUCUGUCCACAGUCAAAUCGAUGCAUCGAUAUCUUCAUCAUCGUUAAAUGGAAAUUCGAUUCGACGUCGUCGUCCACCUUCUGCAUUAACACGUCGUCCUAUUAAUGGUAGUUCAUUAAUACCUGAUUGCGAUCAUGGUGGAUGUUAUCCAGCUACGGGAGAUUUGUUAGUCGGUCGAACAGCUAAUCUUUAUGCUAGUUCAACUUGUGGUCUUCGUCGCCCUGAACGUUAUUGUUUCAUUGGUAAUUUAAAAAAUGUUAGCUGUGAUGUAUGUGAUGUAAAAGUAGGAAAUAAAUCGCAUACAGUUGAUCAAAUUGUUGCACGAUCACCUGGAGAUCUAAAUAAACAUACUCAAGCAUGGUGGCAAGCUGAAAAUGAUCGAGAAAAUGUGACUAUUCAAUUAAAUUUAGAAGCUGAAUUUGUUUUCACACAUUUAAUCAUGAAAUUUCGUACGUUUCGACCAAAAGGUAUGAUUAUUGAAAAAAGUGCAGAUUUUGGAAAAACGUGGAAAGCUUAUGCUUAUUUUGCUGCGUCAUGUGCAACACAAUUUCCUUAUGUGACAACAAUACCGAUACCAGAUCAACCCUAUUGUGAAAGUCGAUAUUCGGAUGAGACGCCAUCAACGGGAGGAGAAGUUGUUUUUCGUGUAAUUUCACCAAGUACGAUUGGCAAUCGUGAUCCUUAUUCACCAAGUAUUCAAGAAUUAAUCAAAAUUACAAAUUUACGUAUUAAUUUUACGAAACUUCAUACACUCGGUGAUAACUAUUUAGAUAAUCGACAAGAAACAACACCAAAAUAUUAUUAUGCUCUAUAUGAGAUGGUUGUACGUGGUUCAUGUUCAUGUUAUGGUCAUGCUAAACGCUGUAUACCAACUGAAGAUGAAUUAAAAGGAAACGUAACAACUCCAGGCAAAGUUUAUGGUCGAUGUAAUUGUACACAUCAUACUGAAGGUUUAAAUUGUGAGCGUUGUGCUGAUUUGUAUAAUGAUCGUCCAUGGAGACCGGCUCGUAUAGGACAACCAAAUCCUUGCCGUCUUUGUGAAUGUCAUGGCCAUGCAAAACGUUGUCGUUUCGAUCCGGUUAGAUUCGCACAAACAAAUUAUACAUCAGGUGGUGUUUGUGAAGAUUGUGAACAUAAUACAAUUGGUGCACGAUGUGAAUUCUGUAAAGAUCUUUUCUAUAAAGAUAAUUCUUUACCAAUGACGGAUCCACAUGUUUGUAAACCAUGUAAUUGUGAUGCACUUGGAACAAGAAACAAAGGUAGUUGUGUUCAAUAUGAUGAUUCUCAUUUGGAUCUUCAUGCUGGUCAAUGUAUAUGUAAAGAAUUUGUCGAAGGACAACGAUGCGAUAAAUGUAAAGCUGGAUUUUAUAAUCUUGAUUAUAAUAAUCCACAGGGAUGUCAAGCUUGUGAUUGUCAUCCAUAUGGAAUUAUUGAUAAACAAUGUGAUACUACAACUGGCAUGUGCCAAUGUAAACCAAAUGUCAUUGGACAACGGUGUGAUCAAUGUCAAGAAAAUCAUUAUGGUUUGAAUGAUAAUGUUCCCGAAGGUUGCCGAUCAUGUUCAUGUCAUCCAGGUGGUUCUUAUUCGCUUCAAUGUGAUCUGAAUACAGGUCAAUGUCCGUGCCGUGAAGGAAUGAUUGGUCGACAAUGUGAUACACCAGCACCAGGUACUUACUGUACUGGUUUACAGUUUUUUACGUAUGAAGCCGAAUUAGCUCGUGUGGAAGAAAAAAAAGCAAUUAUAUUUACAUACGAUAAUCCUAAUGAACCACGCUCAUGGACUGGUACAAGUAUUGUAAGAAUUUAUGAAGGUGGUUUUAUUGAAUUCGAUAUUUAUCAUAUGGCUCGUGGUGGUCUUUAUAGUUUAAUUAUACGGUAUAUACCAGCUCCAAAAACAUGGGAAGAUGCACGUGUUGUUGUGAUAUCACAAAAUCGUACUCAACCAAAUAUAACAUUAUGCAAUGAUCAAACUUAUGAACAAGAACAAUCAUUUAAAUUACCCGCAAAUAAAACAUUUGAUGAACUAGUAAAACCAUUAUGUUUAAAUGAAAAUGAACAUUAUAAAUUGCAAUUACAAUUGAAAAAAUAUGGUCAUGGAGAUAAUCCACGCGAUCCAGUUAUUAGUAUUGAUUCGAUUGUAUUUGUUCCUGUUAUUGAAAAAAUCGAUGUAUUUAGUAAUCAUCCAUCACUAUUAAAUAGUUACGAAACGCAACAAUGUAAACAAUUAGCAUUAAUUGUUGCGCAACCAAUUGAAGUACCUGAAAUGUGUCAAAAAAUAAUAUGUGGAUUAAAUGCAUUAACAAUCGGACGAACAUUACCAUGCGAUUGUGAUCCAACUGGUUCUCUCAAUACACAAUGUGAUCCCAUAGGUGGUCAAUGUAGAUGUAAACCAUAUGUAAUGGGUACCAAAUGCCAUUUAUGUGUACCAGGUAGUUACUAUUUUUCACCGGAUGGUUGUACAAAAUGCAAUUGUCAUAAUAUGGGCGCUUUAAAUAAUUUGUGCGAUGUUGCUGCUGGUGCAUGUUAUUGUCGACCUAAUGUAUCUGGUCGUGAUUGUAGUAAAUGUUCACCGGGCUUUUGGAAUUUUCCAUCGUGUCAACGAUGUGAAUGUAAUGGUCAUACAGAUCUCUGUGAGCCAGACACAGGUGUUUGUAUUAAUUGUCGUGAUUCAACAUCUGGUGACCAUUGUGAAAAAUGUGUAGAUGGCUAUUAUGGAGAUGCAAGAUUAGGUUCAACACAAGUUUGCAAACCAUGCAUGUGUCCAGGAGGCCCUGGUUCAUCACAGCAAUUUGGUGAUUCAUGUGUGCACGAACCAUAUACUCAACAAGUAGUCUGUCGUUGUCGUUCAGGUUACACAGGUCCACGAUGUUCACAAUGUGCAAUAGCUUAUUAUGGUUCACCGACAGAACCAAAUAGUAAAUGUCAACCAUGUUCAUGUAAUAAUAAUAUUAACGUUGAUGAUCCUGAUUCAUGUGAUCGUCGUACGGGUUUAUGUCUGAAAUGCUUAUAUAAUACAGGUGGCCCUAAUUGUGAUACGUGUCAAGCAGGCUUUUUCGGUGAUGCACUUGGACCUGAUAAAUGUCGAACAUGUGAUUGUGGUAUUGGUGGUAUACCUGAUCAAAUAUGUAAUAGUCGAACAGGUGCAUGUGCUUGUAAAGAACAUGUGGAAGAUACAAAAACUGGUCGGCGCUGUUCACAAUGUGUAGAUGGUUAUUGGGGCUUAGGUCGAGGCUAUUGUUCAGAUUGCAAAUGUGAUCUUGAGGGAAGUGAAUCGUUAAUGUGUGAUAAAUUUACAGGACAAUGCCGUUGUAAACCAAAUCGAGGUGGACUUCGAUGUGAUCAAUGUCCACCUGGAACCUAUGGUGAUACAAAUGCAUGCCAACCAUGCCAAUGUUCAAAUGAUGGAGCAGUUAGUUCUGAAUGUGAUCCUCAAACAGGUCAAUGUACAUGUAAACCAGGUGUUACUGGGCAAUUAUGUGAUCGUUGUGCUCGUGCUAAAUAUGGUGUUGUACCCUACUGUUCUACAUGUGGUGCAUGCUUUACCAAUUGGGAUACAAUUAUAAAUGGUGUUACUCGUCAAGUACAAACAUCGAUUGAACGUCUUAAUUCAGUCGAAAUUCGUCAACUUGAAUCAAUAGCAAACGGACAUCUAUUUCAACAAGUGGAUUCUUUACUUGAUCAAGCACAAAUUUCUCUUGGACUUAAAUAUAGACAAAAUGAACUCGAUCCAUACCGUUAUAAAUAUCAAACAAUAAUUGAUCGUAUCAAUCGUCUUACUUCAUUGUUGAAUAAUGAAUUUCAACCAGAAUUUCUUAAUCAGACAAAACGUUUUCGUUUUGAUGAAGAUUUACUACAUGUAACAAAUACUAUUGGGGAAACAGAGAAAUUAAUUGGCUUUUAUAGAAAACAAUUCGACCGUGCUAAACAUGCAAAUUUACAAUCAGCCGGUAUAAGUACUCAAAAAUUCGAACAAGAAUUAAUUGAUAUUCAAAAUCAAUUAAGUCAAUUAAUGAGUUUAAGUAAUCAACAGCAAAGUCGAUUAUUAAGAUUAAAUCAAACUGUUAUGGCAAAUAAUGAAGAAUAUCGUUCAAAAAAUCGACAGAUACAAGAUCAAAUCAAAAAUUUAACAAAAACUUCUGAAGAUUUUUAUGAAAAAUAUAUUAAUACAGGUAAUGUUAGUGAAAUUCUAUGUGGUUCACGUGGUAUUCAAAAUAAUCAAUGUUCAAUCUGUGGUGGUGAAGGUUGCGAGUCAACAUGUGCAAAUUCAUCUUUACAAUGCCUAUCAAGUGUUCAUGGACAAUUAAAUACAUUGAUUGAUACAAUGGAUGCAACACAAACUGUACUUUCAACAAAACAAGAAGAAACAAAUCUUAUUUAUGCACGUCAGUAUCAAUUAGAAAAAGAUGUAACACAAACAUUAAAUGAAAUAAUUCGUGAACAACAAGGAUUUGCAUCGUUUAAUAUAACGUUGAAUGAGACGACUUUUAAUAUUGAUUCCAUUCAACAACAAAUAACAAAUUUAACCAAUAGUUUACUUGAUAGAAAACCGGCUGAUAUUAGAGAAAUAAUUGAUCGAAUAUUGACAAAGAAAAUUUAUUUAACAUCAAAUAAUUUAGAAGAAAAUAUUCAUGAUAUUCAAACAUUAGUUGAACAAGCUCAAAAAAGUAGUCAAACUGGAAACGAAUUAGAAAAAAUACGUGAUGCGACAUUUAAGUUAAGCCGAGCAAAAACUAUUGAAAAUGAUCUAUCAACUUAUGUCAGAUCAUACAUUGAUCAAGCAAGUGGAAUAAAAGUACUUGAUAAUUUUGUUGAUAAACUUGAUAAUGAAACUAAUGAAUUAAAACUAUUAGCUAAAGAAACAAAUCGUCGUAUGGAUGAACUUAAAACAGCUGUUAUUCAAACAUCAGAUUUGCUAGAUAAAUCUGAACGAAACUUAAAUGCAACACGUAUACGUUUAUUACAAUUACAAGGAGCUGAACAAACACUAAAUUCGAGUAUACGCAAUUCUAUUGAAGUUAUUGCUAUUGAAACCGAACGAAAUAUGAAUGAAUUCCUGCCGAAAUAUUUAGACGAUCUGACACAGGAUUUAACUAUGCUCAAUGUCUAUUUUAUAAAUUACACACGUGAUAAACAAGAUUUACCAGCAGAGACACGUUCAACUGCUGUUCGAGUACGAACAUUAAAUACAAAUAUGAAAGUAUUACAACAUAAAAUUGCACAAUAUAGUUUCAAACUAAAUAAUGCCUUAAAAACUUUUGAAACAAGUCGUCAAACAAUGCCCAAUGUUCAACGCCUUGAACAACUACGUGAUACAGCACGUAAUACACGUGACUUAAUUAAACAGCGAGCUACUCAUUAUAUUGAUUGCUAUCGAGUAGAACGAUAA